AGAAAGAAAGAAAGAAAGAAAGGAAAAAAAACAAGAAAAGGACCACAUCAAAGAAUCAUGGCGAAUGGCUAACAAGCACGAGUAUCAAGCCCUUUUCUGGACCGAACGUGUUUUUCACCAACGGUGGGACCAUGUGAGGCUUUGACCAUGACGAGUGGCGGACAAAGUGGUGUCUGGAUCGCGAGCGUGAUUAUACUGUCGAUUGGCAGCUGGGUCGGUAGAGUCGGACCGCAACCGGCGGAUAGCGAUCUCGCGUCGUCCCUGACAACGCCACGAGAGAGACUCGAAGUAGUACGGCAAAUUCUAACGGAGGUACCGCUGAUCGACGGACACAAUGACCUACCUUGGAAUAUCAGAAACUUUGUCCACAACCAGUUGGCCGAUUUCGACUUCGACAAGGAUCUCCGGCAAGUCGCACCGUGGAGCAAAAGCGCUUGGAGUCAGACGGACUUGGUCAGAUUGCGACAAGGCAUGGUCGGUGGUCAGUUUUGGGCCGCUUAUGUGCCGUGCGAGUCUCAACAUCUCAACGCCGUGCAGCUGACUCUGGAACAGGUCGAUCUAAUAAAACGACUGAUAGAAAAGUAUUCUCAACAGAUGCAGUUUGCUGCCUCGUCCAAGGAGAUCUUAGAGGCUCACAAAAGAGGAAGAAUUGCUUCGCUCAUCGGCGUGGAAGGAGGACAUAGUCUAGGAAGUAGUCUAGCCGUUUUAAGGACGCUCUAUCACCUGGGCGUAAGAUAUUUGACGCUGACGCACAGGUGUAACACACCCUGGGCUAAAAGCUCGUCCGCGGAGGAGGACGACGAGGACGGAGGAGGUCUAACGGCGUUCGGCAAGACUGUGGUGCGAGAGAUGAAUAGACUAGGCAUGCUGAUAGACCUCAGCCAUACGGCCAGAGCAACAAUGAGGGAUGCCCUGAAAGCGACCAAAGCACCUCUGAUCUUUUCACAUUCCUCGGCCUUCGCCAUUUGUAAUUCCUCGAGAAACGUGCCCGAUGACAUUUUAAAACAGCUGGCUGCCAACGACGGAUUGGUGAUGGUGACCUUUUAUAAUUAUUUCGUCAAGUGUGGUUCUCAGGCGACUAUCUCGGACGUGGCAGAGCAUAUUUAUUACAUUAGAAAUCUUAUCGGCGUCGAUCACAUCGGAGUAGGUGGAGACUUUGACGGUAUCAACAAAACUCCGAGAGGUCUCGAGGACGUUUCCAAAUAUCCCGAAUUGUUUGCGGAACUACUUCGUAGCGGCAAAUGGAACGUACACGAUCUGAAGAAGGUGGCCGGUUUAAAUUUAUUGAGAGUCUUCAGAAAGGUGGAACGCGUGAGGGACGAUAUGAGAACGGACGGUGUUACGCCGUCCGAAGAAUAUCUUCAGAAUUCUCCAGAUGUCACCGGGAAUUGCGCCUUGGACACUAAUACCGUGCAAAGAGGCGUAGAAGUCUAAUCGUCCUCCUGGCAAUCUCUCAUUCGUUACUCUUGGUCAUUUUCACGAUGACGACGAGGAACAGCGGUAAAGGACCGAUCGAGGUCAACGAGGGCGAAUCAAAGAAAAAGAGACAGCAUGCAGCUUCCUUUCUAUGACCUGCUCACUUUCAAAGCCUCUACUUUCUUGAUCCGAGCCACGGAAAAAAUGGCUCGCGAAGAAUCCCAUCGUGUCGUAAACCUACCUCGGAACUCGUUCUUGCGGAAGUGAUGAGCAACGAGUCAAAAGAGAGAAAAAAAUAUAUAUAUAUAUCGAGAUUGGUUAUACAAUUUUACAUAUAUUUUUUUUCUCUAUAUUCUCUAUAU